AUGUCCAACGGGGACCCCAAGUACGACGACAUUGACUCAGAGUCUGACUCUGGAGAGUCCAUCGACCAGCAUAACGAGGUCGGUGAUGGUUUCGACGACAAGCCUCUCAAAUCUGCGCUCAAGAAGUCCGCUCCUGCUCCCGAGCCAGAGGUGCAAAGACCCCCGCUGCCACCUCAAACCGAUCCCAAAGACCUCGACGUCGCUACCCUCACACCUCUCACUCCUGAAAUUAUUGCGCGUCAAGCAACCAUCAACAUUGGUACUAUUGGCCAUGUCGCUCACGGAAAGUCCACUGUAGUCAAGGCCAUCUCUGGCGUCCAGACUGUUCGUUUCAAGAACGAACUGAUUCGAAAUAUUACCAUCAAGCUGGGCUAUGCCAAUGCCAAGAUUUACAAGUGCGACAACCCUGAGUGCCCUCGGCCAGGAUGUUACCGAAGCUACAAGAGCGAGAAGGAGGUCGAUCCUCCUUGCGAGCGGGACGGAUGCAGUGGUACCUACAGAUUAUUGAGACACGUUUCAUUCGUCGACUGCCCUGGUCACGAUAUUCUCAUGAGCACCAUGUUGUCAGGUGCCGCCGUCAUGGACGCCGCUCUCCUCCUGAUUGCUGGUAACGAAUCAUGCCCUCAGCCACAGACCUCUGAGCAUUUGGCCGCUAUUGAGAUUAUGAAGCUCGACAAGAUCAUCAUCCUGCAAAACAAGGUCGAUCUGAUGAGAGAAGAGGCCGCCCAGCAGCAAUACGAGUCUAUCCUCAAAUUCAUUCGAGGAACCGUUGCUGGCAAGUCCCCUGUCAUUCCCAUCUCCGCCCAGUUGAAAUUCAACAUUGAUGCCGUCAACGAGGCCAUUGUCAACACCAUUCCCGUUCCUCUCAGAGACUUCACCAUGGAUCCUCAAAUGAUUGUCAUUCGAUCAUUCGACGUCAACAAGCCCGGUGCCGAAUUCGACGAGCUCAAGGGUGGUGUUGCCGGUGGCUCUAUUCUACACGGUGUCGUCAAGCUCGGAGAUGAGAUUGAGAUCCGACCUGGUAUUGUCUCCCGUGACGAAGCUGGCGCUCUCAAGUGCACACCCAUUUUCUCUCGCGUCGUGACACUUAAUUCUGAGCUCAACGACCUUAAGUACGCUGUUCCCGGGGGUCUCAUUGGUGUUGGUACCCGUGUCGACCCUACACUCUGCCGAGCCGAUCGUCUCGUCGGUUUCGUCCUCGGCCUCAAGGGCAGACUCCCCGAGAUCUACAGCGAAAUCGAAGUCAACUUCUACCUGCUCCGUCGCCUGCUUGGUGUUCGAACCGCCGACGGCAAGCAGGCCAAGGUCGCCAAGCUCGCUCAAAACGAGUUCAUCAUGGUCAACAUUGGUUCCACGUCCACCGGUGCCAAGAUCGCUGCUAUCAAGAACGAUGCUGCCAAGCUGGUUCUCGUCAGCCCUGCUUGCACAAGCAUUGGCGAGAAGGUCGCUCUGAGCCGACGUAUCGAGAAGCAUUGGCGUCUGAUCGGUUGGGCUACCAUUACUGCUGGUGUCACUCUGGAGCCCAGCACGUCCUAA